AUGAACUACUUAGUCAAGUAUGGAUACCUGGAAGACUGCAGGCCGAAAGAUCACACUGACAAAAAAAGGGCAAAAACCCACACAGCAACAAAAACUCGUCAAACCCCUCCAGCAACGCCAUUCUGCAGCAAAAAACAAGAAAAGAAUGCCCUGAAGAAGAUGCAGAAGUCAUUUCACCUGAACGUCACAGGCGUUCCAGACAAGGCAACGCUGACGAUCGUCAGAAAACGCCGUUGCGGCAACGCCGACUCCGAAGAGCACGAGGCGAGCGACACGCUGAUGCACAUAGCCAAGAUGAAGCAGCAGCAGAACCUCAGAUCUAACAAAGCAAGAGCCGAACAUGUCAAGUAUGUCGCACAAACAAAAUUUCUAUCGGGCAAAGGCGGCGAAGAGCAAAAGAGAAGAUUAUUUCGUCGAAGUGUUGGUCGGCAGGUGGUGGGCGAUGUUUUCAACCGAACUGGUCUGCCGGUUGAUGAGUUGUUCGCUGGCUACCUCAACAACUCCAAUGCCAUUCUGGAUGAUUCGGUUUUUGAAUUCAAUUGCGUUGAGAAUUUAUUUGCCGAUCUUAACCCGUUGAAGAUCAGGUCGAAACAGUACAGAGAUAUCUUAGAAGCUCUGAACGCCAUGUCACCUAAGAGAGAGUUCGGCAGAGAGGAUUACGAACACCAGUCGAAGAUGCUGACCAGGCGUCACGACCAGUGGCAGCUGGAGGAGGAAAUGGUCAGGAAUGUUGAAGGGAAUUACAUAAAGACCAAAGCAGCGGACGAUCACAAGACACCCAUUCUAAUUGAGAUUGAUCUCGCUUCAAACACUUCAAAAGUUACUGAAAUUCUACCGCACGUGCAAAUCAGCGACGUUCUAACUAAAAUUUACAACUCCACAAGCAGCACUAACAGUAAAAAUUCUAAUUCGAACUCACAAAGCGAAAACAACAACAACGAUGUCAUAAAUCCUAAAGAUAACGACUCAAACGACGACACCAUAGAUAGACAACAACAGCAGCAACCACAACAGCCACACAUCCGCAAGAAGCGCAGCGCAUUUUUCAGCGUUCCAACUGAAGAGAAGGUGGUGCAUGGAAUAACGAAGCGUCUCUUCAAAAUCAUGAAAAACGAAGAUGGCUCCAUCAUCCCGAUUAAGUGGAUGCUACUUAGAGACGAAGCUCACAACAGUCUCAACAGGAAUGCUAGGAGGAGUGCGCUGCGGUUGGCUUUUAGAAUUUGGAGUGAAGUGACGCCACUGUUGUUUGAAGAAAAUGAAGACGGGCUACUGCAAGAUACUGAGAUAUGGGUUGUCUUUGCUGAUGCAAUAUCUCAACAAUACGCAACAAUACGCAACAGUACCUCAACAAUACGCAACGAUAUUUUCACAAUACGCACAAAUAUACUGAACAUCAGGCAGUCAUACAGGAUGCAAUACCGAAAGACAAAUGUAGAACAACGUAAGAUAGUUUUGAAAAAAAAACAAACAGUAAUAUCUUUUAAACCGCAGUUUAAAUGCAAACUCGUAAAUUUGCACGUCAGUCAGAUGGCUUGCCUGACGCCUGAGAACUUUUCAAUCUUGCAUGAUCUUUAA